AUUUACUUCAUUAGAUAGUCAAAUCUUUCAGAAUUUAUUCAGCUCAGAUUAAUUAUUUAGCAUCAUGGAAUGCCAUGUUUAUCAAUUCAAAUGAAAAUUUGGAAGAAUCCAAGGUCCCACUCAGAGCAUGAACAAGUUUUGCUAGCUUAGAAGACUUGUUCUACAACUAGACACCUGCCAUGGAGUGUGGUUGGUUGAUGGUCACUAGAUUAAAUCUUAUCAGACAGAAAAAGAAGGGGAGGCAGGGAAAAAAAAAAGAGAAAGGCAAAAUGGACACAUCACCACCAUCAUUACAAUCAUCACUUACCAGCCCACAGACCCAACCUAAACUCCAAACAAUUCUCCCCCCUCUUUAACUUUUUCUUCAACCUUCCUCUUCCCUACCUUUUCCCUCCUUUUUCCAACCCUCCCUCCCUUGCUUCCACCUCCCUACACACUACUCUACACCUCAUCUCUCUCUCUCUCUCUCUCUCUCUCUCUCUGUGAUGUACUUAUACCUUGUAAGUAAUAUAUAUUUAAGUGCAUGACAAUUGACAAAGGGUACAAAGACCCCUUCUUUUCAACAGCAUCAUUGAAGCUUCUCUAGUUUAAGUUAUAUUUGCUUCUCUUUCUUUCUUUCAACCCAAAUAAAAGGUAGAACAAGACUGGAGAAGGAGAAGAAGAAGAAGUUAUCAAACAGAAGAAGAAGCAGAAGCCACCAAAGUAAAUAGGAGCAGAAGCAGAAGACACCAAAGAGAAGAAAAAGAGGAUGGUGAUGAAGGGUGGAAGGUUUAUUUAUCCUUUAAUUCUAGUUUUCUUCCUCCUAUUGGGUCAUUUCCUCUGUUCAGGUUUGAAGGUGACAAAAAAAGGAAAGAACGUUGGGAAUAUGAAAGAACAAGCCCAUCAAAAGAGAAGGCUACAAUUCACAAAAACUCCAAUUUCUACCACCAAAAGGGACAUCACAACUCCAAUAACAACUGUUCCUACAAUAACUCCAACCAAUCCCACUUCAUCAAUACCAAUUGCGAACCCAAAUUCAGACCCAGAUUCAACCUCUCCAGUCAGUGCAACCCCUAGCAUGACCCCAUUUUCUACAACACCAUCAUCCACUGGUUCAAGUUGGUGUGUUGCUAGCCAAAGUGCAUCCCAAAUGGCACUACAAGUUGCUUUGGACUAUGCUUGUGGCUAUGGUGGCACAGAUUGCUCAGAAAUUCAGUCUGGUAGAAGCUGUUACAACCCAAACAAUGUCCGGGAUCACGCUUCUUUUGCGUUCAAUAACUACUAUCAGAAGAACCCAGUUCCAAAUAGCUGCAAUUUUGGUGGAACUGCUGUGAUCACUAGCACUGACCCAAGUACCGGGACAUGUCAGUAUCCAUCUACCAGCACAAGUUCAUCAGUCUUGAACACAACAAAUACAAGUGGCUCAACUGUUUUUGGUGCUGUACCUUCUGGCCCUUCUACCUCAGCAUCUGCAGCAGCUGCAAGCUCACAUAGCCUUAGAAAUAUAUUCAUCAUGGCCUGUUUAAUUUUGUUCACAGCAUAAAAUCCCUAUACAAACUUUUGUAGGUUCAAGUCCACUUCCCCCAUGUAAUCUACUGGUGAAUGUGUUUAGAAGAUAGUUUUUUUUUUUGUCUUUUUUGGUCAGAAUUUAGAGGAUUAUAUGAAGUAUAUUAUAUAUAUAUAUACUAGUGGCUUUGUGAUAUGCGGCCUUAGUUUUGAAUUGGGAUGAAUUUUGUAAUUGAUAUGUCAAUGAGGUUUUAUU